AUGGUCUCUAUCAAUGCGGCGAAUCCCAGAGUAACGACCAUUCUGGUUGAUCUCGGGGGUGUAUUCAUGCAUCCACAGCUGGAAAGCAAGCUGGCGACUCGCGAAUCGGCAAUAUCCUUGCGGAGAAUCAUGUCGACGGCAGACUGGAUGAAUUACGAAGCGGGACAACUGAGUGAUCGAGAAUGUUUUGAUCAGCUCGCCAAGGAAUAUCACUUUCAAGCAAGUGACCUGGCACAGGUAAUCCGAAAUUUUCGCGAAACUAUCUGCUAUGAUCAGGCCACUGCUUCUAUCUUCAAAGAAAUCAAGCACUCUGGGACGCGCAUCUUCCUGGUCUCCAACAUAUCAAAGGAAGACUACGCGGCCCUCCGUCACCGCUGGGACGAUGAAUUCUGGUCCAUAUUUGACCGCGUCUUUACCUCAUCAGACUUAGGCGUCCGAAAGCCCAGUUUGCGGUUCUAUCGUCAUGUCCUCCGAGCGACGCGGGCACUACCACAUGAAACAUUCUUUCUAGAUGAUAGACCCGAGAACGUGCUUGCUGCACUCUCCGUCGGGAUGAGAGGGACAUUUAACAUGUCAGAGCUCUAUCGGACACUGAACAACUUGGUUGGCGAUCCUGUACAGCGAGGGCUUGGAUUCUUGCGACGACAAAGGGGCCACUUUCCUACAACUACGCAACACGGCGAGCCAAUCGCUGAGAAUUAUGCUCCUCUUCUGAUCCUGGAAGCGUUAAAAGACCAGAGCUUGGUAAAUAUUAAAGCCCCACCUCGAUUGUGGAACUUCUUCAGCGGUCAGUCUGUUAUUACUACUCUGUCUAUCUACAAGGGUGUCACUGAACCAGUUUCAGGAGAUCCGAAGUACACAAGUGAUGCCUAUCCCGACGACUUGGACACGACGUCCCUCGGCCUGCUGACGAUGCCCCUCGAUUCUGAAAUAGUCCACUCCAUCUUGGAUGAAAUGCUUGAUUACAUCGACGAAGACGGCAACGUGCAGGCAUACUUCGACAAAUCAAGACCACGGGUCGACGCAGUCAUAGCCCUCAAUGUUCUGACACUAUUCCACAAGUACGGACGUGGCCACGAGCUCCCUGACACGACAGAGUGGAUCUACAGCAUUUUGCUUCAUAGGGCAUAUAUUAACGGUACCCGCUACUAUCCCAAUGCAGAGUGGUUCCUCUACUACCUAACUCGACUUCUUCGAGUGUCGAGUGAUCCGACACUCAGGGAGAGGAUCGAGUCUCCUCUCCGGGCGCGUGUAGCUGAGAGGAUCGGCGCUGCCGGCGAUGCGUACUGUCUGGGAAUGCGAAUAUUGGCGUGCAAUUAUCUCGGAAUUGAGAAUCAUCUCGAUCGCCGGAUACUCGCCGAAAUGCAGCAAGAAGACGGCGGCUGGGAAGCUUCCUGCAUGUAUUUGUUUCCCGGAGCUAAACGAGAGACCGGAAAUAGAGGAGCCAGCACAGCAUUUGCUGUCAAGGCCCUCAAGGAAGGACCUAUCUAUCGGAACAGCAGCAUGGGUAUUACCGGGGCAGGAGAUAAUAUCCCGCGCUAG